AUGGCGGCGGAGCGGGAGGAGCCGGGCCCCGCUCCCGGUGCCUGUCCCGGUCCCGGCCCGGGGCAUGAGCGGGGCACGGCCCGAGGGUGCCCGAGCUCCGCUCUGCCCGCUCCUGGGCACGGCGCCAUGGAGAGGGCCCGGCACCGCCUGAGGCAGUUCGAUAUCGGGGACAGGUUCUCCGGCCUGCCGCUGCCCAGAGCCGCCGUGCUGCUGCCGCUGAUGGUGCGAGCGGGGCGGCUGCACCUGCUGCUCACCGUCCGCUCGCUGCAGCUGAGAAGAUCACCAGGGGACGUGUGUUUUCCAGGAGGUAAAAGGGAAGACACUGAUAGAGAUGACAUUGACACUGCUCUCCGAGAAGCUAAAGAAGAAGUGGGUCUUCAGCCAGAGAAGGUGGAAGUCAUCUGUAGGCUGAUGCCUGGAAUUGAUAAAAUGAAUAACUUGGUGACACCAGUCAUAGGAUUUAUAGAGGAAACAUUCCAGGUCACUCCUAACCCAGAUGAAGUGAGCGAGGUUUUUGUUGUGCCUUUGGAGUACUUUGUCAAGCCCUUAGAUUACAAGACCUUCUCUUAUAAAACCUCCUCAGGGUACUCAACUCGAGUACACUGCUUUACAUACCAUGACCAGGAACACAGAAAGUCAUUCAAGAUAUGGGGACUGACUGCACACUUUGCUGUAUUUCUUGCUCUUGUAAUUUUUGGAGAGAGACCUACCUUUGAAGUGGAUUAUGAUCUUGACAACUUAUUUUCAUCCUCUGAGAAUUACUUCACUAAUUUGUAUGCAUCUAUACAUGAAAGGAAGAAGAGUAAUCUGUGACAACAUGGUCUGGUCAUGAAUUUAUUUUGAAAGAGGAAAAAGGAGGUUGGUUCAUUUCCUUUGUACCUACUUUUUGAAAGCUACACUUGAAUUUCAUCGGAAUUGGGAACUUUAAGAUGACGAUCUCUAAUUAGAUUAAUACAAUUUUUAAUCUAAGAGCUGUGAGAAGCACACAAUAUUUUUUUAUGAAACAGACUUGAAAAGGUCUGUUUCAGUUCUUUCUCAGUUUCAGUGCCUUUGUUCUGUGUGAUCAGAGAUACUUUCUGUGCUUUGUUUUGUCUGUAAUGAGAUAAUACUAUUUGAUGGAAAUUGUGUCUGAGUUAGCCUAGGAAA